GUCCAUGGUUAUGACAGACCCCAACCGCUGUUCGAGGUUUCCACAUCUCGACGCUGAGCCGCAACAGACUCGAUUCUGGACCAGCAAUGGCAGACAUCCCGCCCCACAUGUUGCUGGAGCGAGAGAUCUUAGAGGGCAACCUCGAAGGCGUGAGAAAAGCGCUCGCCGACGGAGCGUCUCCAAACGGACAGACUGAGGCGGUCAAGAAGCCAAUACACUACGCGGCUGAAGUCGGGUCAAUCCAGGUCAUCGAAGCGUUGUGUGAAAAGGGCGUGGAUUUAGAUGUUCCCAAUGCAGAUGAUAAUGGCAGCGCCCCGCUACACGUGGCCACGAGGAGGAACCACGAGGCUGUCGUGCAGCUGCUCCUCGAGAAGGGCGCCGACGCCGACGCCACGAACGGCCUGGGGCAAACGGCGCUCCACAUAGCAACUGUUGCUGACAACAAGAAUAUAGUUGGUUUCUUAAUAGAAAAGGGAGUUAAUUUACAAGUUACGGAUGCAAACAACGAAGACGCAAUGCAGAUAGCGACCCGAACGGCGUCGAAGCAGAUCCUGCAGCUCUUGAAGCAGGGCGGGUACCCCCUAGACUACGUGGCGGACGACGGCUCGACGCUGCUGCACCUGGCGGCGAAGUACGGCAACCUCGAAGCCGUCAAGUGGCUCGUGCGAAACGGCGCCGACACCGGGGCUCUUGAUCGGCAGGGCCUGGCGGCAGCGGCGGCGGCGGAGAGGGAAGGGCAGACUCACGUGGUCGAGUGGUUCGCGAGUCAAAGGUCCUUGAAAAAGGCAAAGCUUCCUAAGGCGUGCGACUUCAUUGAAGAACUGAGGAAGUUGAACCAAGAAGGGAAGGACUUAAAUGCUCUUUACACGGAAGGUUAUGGGCAAGGUUUUUGUCCCCUACACCUAGCAGCCGAGGCAGGGUACGAGACUGUGGUGGACUACCUGAUCCACGAGCAAGCUGACGUCAACGUAAAAUGCAGCAACGGAAUGACCGCCCUUCAUCUAGCGUCGUGGGGAGGCCACGCGAAGGUCGUGGAAAAGCUGAUAUAUGCGGGAUGUGACGCCACUGCACUGGACGAGGAAGGGAACGCUGCCUUCCACCUGGCCAGCAUCGGGGGUCACAUCCACACGCUGCAACUGCUCUACCCGUUAACCGACCCCGAGGUUCCGACGCCCGACGGCAAGACCGCCCUCCACUUGGCGGCCGAGCACGGGAACCUGAAGGCCGUGCGCUGGCUCCUCGGCAAAGGCCUCGACCCGAACAAGGUCGACCACUCGGACUGCACGCCGGACGCCUACGCCCGCCAGGAGAAGAACACGAAGAUUCACGAGUACCUCCUUCACUGGAAGCAGUACAUGAAGGAGAAGUCGACGAUACAGCGAUACCAGACAGAAAACCAAAACCUUCGACGAACACAAUUUCAAAUGCGAGAAGAAAUCCAGACAUUAGAAAAUGAAGUCAAAGUGAUGGAAAUCGAGAUGGAGAAGUUGAAGAAGGAAAAUCAGGUGUUGUCAGCGCUCUUGAAGUCGAAAGGAGGCACUGAGGCCGAGGCGACGCAGGAGCAAGAAGGAUGAACAUUAUAAUGGCUCUUGUACAUCGACGCCUGAUUUUGAAAAUACCUUUUUCAUUCUUUUAUUUCUUGAAUGUUCAUUGUUAAUGUGAUGAUGUCACAGUUUUGAAUUUGGGUUUGUCUUAUAUAAAUAAAUGGUAGUAAUUUUA